AUGGAUUUUGUGACUUCCAGGGAGGUGGAGGCCUUCUCGAGUCUGGGGAUUGAGGUCGCUCGUAGAGGACUCACCGUCACGGGAGUGCCGGUGGGCUCUGACGCUUUUGUGGAGAGGAGCCUACCUGAGCGUCUGGAGAGCAUGAGGCGCGUGUUGCCGUGGCUUCCGAGACUGCGCCAGCCCCAGACAGCGGCCUGUCUACUUUCGGCAUGCGUCAGCACGCGACCGCAGUAUCUGGCGAGGACGGUCCCUCCGACCCCAACUAUCUACCUCCCCAUACGUCUAGGGGGUUUUGGCAUCCGACGCAUGGAGCAUAUCGCCCCGGCGAUCGACGACAUGACGGUACCUCACCACGUGGUGCGGUGCUCCCGCUUCGGCGUCGCCACGGUCAUCCACGAUGCCGUGAAAUACAUGCUUUGGGACUUUGCUUCUGAGGCAGGUUUCGCGUCAGGGGCACCGUGGGGUCAGCACCAGCAGCAGCAGGGUGGGCUCGGUCGAGGGGCUGAUGGGCAGGAGGGCCGAGAGGGGCACGAUGGGCUGGCUAGUGGGGGAGAGGAGGGGGGACAGCAGCAGCAGCGGCAGCAGCAGCAGCAGCAACAGCAGCAGCUAGGCCAGCAGGGGAAGGAGGGGCAGACCCGUAGGGGUGAGGAGAGGGGACAGCAUGGACAACAGCAGCAGCGGGGCCAGCAGGGGCAGGAGGGGCUAGCUAGUGGGGGAGAGGAGAGUGGACAGCAGCAGCAGCAGCCGCAGCGGCAGCAGCAGCACCGUCAGCGGCAGUAA